GAGCGCGUGCUCCGCCACGGUACAAAGCCCGUACGGCCCCGCGCCUCCCUCACCAGUCUCCACCUCCACCAGGCCGCCGCCUGCCUCACUUGCCCCCUCACCAUCGCCACCUCGGCACCUCCUCCUCCUAGGCUCCUUCCUAUUCAAGACCCCGCCGCGCUUCUCACAAUCGCACCGCCCGUCGCUCAACGAGCCGCGCGGUCCGUUCCCAGGCUCAAUCCCCACCGAUGGAGCACGCGGUGGCGUUCCUGGAGCUGGCGGCGAAGCAGGUGGACCCGGGCGCGCCGGGGUUCUGGCGGGACUACCUGGUGGGCAUGAUCAAGCCGGUGGCGGCCACGGCCGUGGUCGCCGUGGCCGUCGCGCUCAGCUUCUCGCAGCGCCUGGGGCUCGAGGGCGAGAUGCUCUACGCCAUCGCGCGCGCCUUCCUCCAGCUCUCCGUCAUCGGCUUCGUCCUCCAGUUCAUCUUCACCCAGAAGAACGCGCUCUGGAUCCUCCUCGCCUACCUCUUCAUGGUGACGGUUGCGGGCUACACGGCGGGGCAGCGCGCCAAGCAGGUCCCCCGCGGCAAGUACAUCGCCUGCGUCUCCAUCCUGGUCGGCACCGCCAUCACCAUGUUCCUGCUCGUCGUGCUAAACGUCUUCCCCUUCACGCCCCGCUACAUCAUCCCCGUCGCCGGGAUGAUGGUCGGCAACGCCAUGACCGUCACCGGCGUCACCAUGAAGAAGCUCAGGGAGGACGUCAAGAUCCAGAGGAACCUGGUGGAAACGGCACUUUCUCUGGGGGCGACGCCACGUCAGGCGACACUGCAGCAGGUGAAGAGGUCGCUGGUGAUCGCGCUGUCCCCGGUGAUCGACAACGCCAAGACGGUGGGUCUGAUCGCGCUGCCCGGCGCAAUGACUGGGCUCAUCAUGGGCGGCGCGUCGCCGCUGGAGGCCAUCCAGCUGCAGAUCGUGGUGAUGAACAUGCUCUUGGGCGCCUGCACCGUCAGCAGCAUCCUCUCCACCUACCUCUGCUGGCCGGCCUUCUUCACCAAGGCCUUCCAGCUAGAAGAGAAGGUCUUUGCCGACUAGAACAUGACACUAGGGAAUGGAGUCUCUUUCUUCUGAAAAAAGGAGAAGAAAAGAAGUGGGUCAAGGCCAAAUUCCAGCAUUUUCGUGUGAAAAAAAAACUUUUAACUUUCAGUGUCAGUGUUGUGGAGAUUUACUGGAGAAUAUAUCAGAUGCAAACCAACAUCUCCAUGUAAGCUAUGAAAACUUCCAAUCUGAGUCAUAUCUGAGUCAUCGGAUCAACAUCCAAGGGGAGGGGUGCAGGGGGUGGAAGGAGGAGAUUUGUAAUAGUGUGAUUACCUAAUCUAAGAGCGGGUCUAGAUUGUAAAAUUAUCUAAUUUUUCAUGAUUCAGAUUGAA